GAUAUACACAGCAUACCGGAUUGGUCCGAUUGAACAGCGUUGCUCUGUUCUGGACUUUGGCUUUGCCAACGACAUACCAGCUGCAUCUUAUUGUUUUAAUUACAGCCACUGGAUUUAGGAGGCUUGGGAACGGUAAACGAACUAAGCUUCGGUACAUGCGGCGAGUGGCAACUCUUCGACAGCUCGCCUGGCCCUUUUGAGGACCCUCAUUUAUAGCAGCUAUAGCAUGGGCUGCGGGGCUUCACAGCCCGCAGAGGCGGUAGCAACUGCGCCACCGCCUGAGCCCAAGCCGGCUUCAUCAGCAACAUCACAGGCUGCAGCUUCGGCUCCGGCUGCAGCUGCGGCUUCAAAGCCACCGCAACAACCUAGUCCAGCAGAGCAGUCAGCCUCAGCGCCCUCGGCUCAGAAGCCAGGAACGGCGACCGAUGCCGCUGCGAGCCCCGGCGCUGCUGCAGCGCCCCCCGACGCCUCCCAACUGGAUCAAGCAGCAGCUACGACACAGCAGCAGACCGCUGGCGCUGGGUCAGGCUCCUCCCCUGAGGCAACCACCUUGCCUGCAGCCGCUCCUGAUGCCGCUGCGGGACAGGGCCCCGCCCAAGCGCAAACGAGCACAAAGGAAGAAGCGGGCGCGUCUGUACCCCAAGCUGGGUCCACGAAAUCCGGGCCGGGCGCCCUGGCAGGUGCUGCAAUGCCAGGCGGCUCGUCUCAGGUGGUUGAGGACGAGGAGGCGUUGCUGCUGAUGCUGCAGCAGCAGCAGGAGCAGCAGCUGAAGGCGAUACAGCAGCAGAAGGGCGGCGGAGGGGAGGCUGGCGGCGGUGCUGGCGGCGGCACUGGCGGCGCGGCGUCUGACCCAGAUGAGGUAGAGCGGCUGCGGAAGCAGCAGGAGGACGUGCAUAAGCGACUGGAGGGCCUGACACCAGAGCAAGUGCAGCUGCUCAAGCUCAAGCUGCAGCAGCGCCUGGAGCAGCAGCUGAUGGACUUCAAUGCGCGCAUGCGACAGCAGCAGGAGGAGGCGCUGGCGGAGGCGGAGGAGGAGGAGCGCCGGCAGGCGGAGCGCGCUCGCCGCAAGGCCGAGGCGGAGGCAUCGCGGCCGGCGCGGCAGGCGGCGUAUGAGCAGGAGCUGCUGGCAGCGGUGCUACUGCCGGGCAAAAACGCCUCGGAUGUUGCUGGUGCUACUGCCGGUGGCGCUGGCGCGGGAACUGGCGCAGGGGAGGGCGCUGGGGGGCCGGAGGGGGAGGCGGGCACGCCGCGCCUGCCGGCCAUUGCGGUCAAGGCGUGGACGGGCGACAGUGGCGACGACGGGUUGUUGUUCCCGGAGACCGAUGACCUGGACUUCAAGAUCGCCGGCUUCUCGCGCCGUGCUCCCGUGGCCCUGUGCUUUGGCGGCGGCAGCGGUGGCGGCUGUGCGGGCGCCUUCCACGCAGCGGCGGCGGGCCUGGGCUGGCUGCGGGCGCUGCACCAGCUGGGCCUGUUGCGCAAGGCGCAGUACGCCGUGGCGGGCGGCGGCGGCGGCGCCUGGCUGCUGGGGCCGCUCUGGUUCCACGGCGGGCAGCAGCCAGGCGGCAGCGCCGCUGCAGCCGGUGGCGCUGGUGGCGGGGGUGGUGGAGGUGGUGGAGGUGGGGGAGGGAGUGGCCAGCAGCAGGAGGCACUGGCGGAGCUGCUGGGGGCGCCGGCGCGGCCGCCGGAGCAGUGCACGCUGGAGGCACUGCAGGCCGCCGGCGAGGGGGGCGGCCGCAGCUACCUGCGUCUGCUGGCGGGCGCGGUGGGGCCGCUGGGCGCACUGGCGGCGCGGCAGGCGGCGGCGGCGGUUGGCAGUGGCGAUGAGGCGGCGCGGGACUGGACUGCAGGCGUGUCGGAGUCACUGCUGGCACCGUGGGGGCUGGGCGGCGCCGACUGCGCCGUCACAUGUGCAAACACCAAGGGCAAGGUGCAUGAGAGUGUGGCGGUGCGUGCGGCCAGCCUGGGCCGCACCCUGCUCACAGCCAACAGCGGACUGCCCUACCCGCUCAUUUGCCAGUCCAUCGCCCUCGCCGCCAGACACGGGCACGGCACGGCGGCGGCUGCCGUGUCGUACCACCCGUACGAGUGGAGUCCGCUGUACGCCGGCUGCCCGGUUGCGUACGGCACUGCGGCGCCGCGGCUGGGCGGCGGCUGGGUGGAGUCGUUGGGGGUGAACUCUGAGCUAGUGUCCAAGCCCGCCACCGCCGCCGCCUCCGGCUGCGAGGUGCGGGUGCGACCGCGCGGCCCCGGCGGCUCGCUGGCUGACGCCGUGGCGGUGGCGUCGCUGUCCGCCGCCUCGGCCGCCGCCGCGUUCGGCGGCAGCACCGGCACCGGCCCGCCGCCGACAGCCGGCCGCACGUACUUUGACCACCAGGCCUGGGAGACCGCAGCCGGCGUGGGCUUCACGGACGGCGGCUGCUCGGCGCACACGGCCGUGUACCCCGCACUGCGGCGCCGCGUGAAGAACCUGAUUGUGUUCACCACGUCCAGGUCUGCCAUUGCCGACAUGGCCGGCUUCUGUGCCGCGAAUCGCGAGCUGAGCGCCCUGUUCGGGCGAUGGCCGGGCGGGGGCGAGCCGGGGUUGCCGGCAGCCGAGGUUUACAACAGGCAGCACCAGGUGUUUGACUCUGACUCGUUUGGGGAGCUGCACGGGGCUCUGGCGGCCAAGGCGGCGGGCGGCCAGCCCACCGCGUUCCUGGGCGAGUACGAGGUGCUUGCAAACGCACACUGCGGUGUGCCCGGCGGCUGGGCGGUGCGGGUGCUGUGGGUGGUGGCCAGUGGGGCGGCGGAGGAGGUGGCGGCCGGCGGCUGGGCGGCGGCGCUGCCGGCCGAGACACGCGCGGCACACCUGGGCGGCGGCGCGUUCCCCUUUGCCGCGGGUGUGCUACCGCGCGAGGGACAUGAGGCUGUGCAGCAGCUGGAGCUCACGGCAAGCCACACGGCGUGGCAGUUGCAGGCAGUCAAGGCGCUCGCAGCGGAGUUGUUUGAGGAUGCGGAUGACGACGACGACGAUAAUGAGUAGUAGUAACAUGGCUCAUGUGAGCCCGGGGCUGGGAGUUUGUUCUGGACCGCGGAGGUCCGGGUGGGAUGUAAGCGGGAUGUAAGCGGGGGUGUUGACAUUGGUGCUGAGGCUGCAUGACGGAGAGUGCCGUGCACACGGUGUUAGUUACAUAAAGGGCGCACGUGUGUGCCGAGGAAGACGCCGUGUGAGACGAGGUACCGGAUAAAGAAGGGUUGCAAGAGGACGAACGUACGCACAGGUCUACCGGACUCUACGCCGGGGAUGGGGUCGUCGAGGAGUCUUGGACCCGUAAUUGCUGGCGUAGCUUGCCUGGACCCCACAGCGUUGACCUCAUAGCGCCUGAGCACUGUCAGCAAGCAGGUAUCGGUGACGUAAGCGCAGACUGCUGUAGAUAUGUAGAUGGCAGAUGUGCAGCAGCCGGACGCUAAGCGCGCGUCAGGCC